AUGGCCUGCUGCGCCUCAGAGCAAAUCCUGGAUAGCACGGACUGCCACGAAUCUUGGGAGAGAGACGAUCUGAUUUUACAGAGUUCCAGCCAGCGGAAUUCAGCCCAGAGCCGUCCCAUGGCGUGCUGCACAUCAGAGCAAGUCCUGGCCAGCGCAGACAGUCCCGAUUCUUGGGACAGAGAUGACCUCAAGGAGAUGAUCCGACAGAACCAUGAAAUCCUCAUGCGCGAGCUGUACAAGCAGCAGGAAGCUUUGUACAAGCUUCAUUGCUGGAGCCAGGACGUGCCUUUGCUCGGUCGCCCACGGGCAACAUCCAAGUCUCACAGCAUGAAGAAGGCGCCGACGGCCAACAGCCGGGAUGCUGGCGGCGAUAGUGAGCUGGUGCAGGUCGAGGUGGAGUCUGAGAGUCCGGGCUUCUCGCCGUCCUCGCGCUUGGCGAAGAAGGUCCAGGCAAAGACGGGAGCGAACAAGAAAAAGGAUGCCAACCCAGAGCAGACUUUCCGGGGCCGGCUGCGGAGUUUCGUGGCCGACGGUCCGCUGGAUGUGCUCGCAGGCUUCAUAAUUCUGGUCAACGCGAUCGUCCUCAUGGUCGAGAUGCAGAUUCGAGCGGGUUAUGCCCAAGAAAUUCUGGGCAUCUCGUUCAUAAGUAUGUAUCCGACGAUACCCCAGACUGUCGACCGGCCAGAGAUCUUCGAAACCAUCGAAUACAUCUUUCUGGCCUUCUAUGUCUGCGAGAUGCUGACACGAGUUGUGGUGCUGCGGAAGAGUUGGUUCUAUACCGCGGAGGAGGGCCUGAUCUGGGGCAACUAUUUCGAUGCCAUGAUUGUGGUCUUUGGCGUGGUGGACGUCUUGGUCCAGAAAGUAGCACUGCCACAAGAAGGAGAGACCCAUUUUGGCGCGGUCCUUCUCCGCCUGCUCAAAGUCUUCAAGUUGACGAAGACGCUGCGACUGGUCCGUGUGAUGCAGCUCUUCGCCCAGCUGCGCAGCAUGGUGGACACCUUCUUUGCGAGCCUGUCCUCGCUAUUCUGGUCCAUGAUCAUGUUGCUGGUCUGCAUGCUGAUUGCGGCACUGAUUCUGUGCGAGUCUGUCGUACCCCUGAUUGUUGAGACUUCAACGACCAUCGGCAUCGAUCGGCGGGAGUGGCUCUUCAUCCGCUACGGCAGCUUCUUCCGGGCGAUGUACACCAUGUUCGAGAUCACGUUCAGCGGCGGAUGGCCGGGGCUCGUGCGACCUCUGGUGGACGAAGUCAGCGUUCUCUUCGUCAUUCCAACCUUGAUCUACGUCGUUGCCAUCGUCUUCGCUGCACUGCGACUCAUUACGGCGCUCUUUGUUCGGUCGACGAUGCAAGUUCUGAACGAUGACGCUGCUGCGGCCAUCCUCGAGCGAAUGCGGCGGUCGGCUGAGUUGCAGGACCAACUCCACCGGGACAAGCUGCUACAGGUCUUCAACGAUGCCGAUGCCGAUGGAGAUGGAUAUCUGACUCUCAAGGAGUUCGAGCGGAUGUUGACGCUUCCGGAGAUCAAGCACUACCUAAGCGUGCUGGACAUGGACGUUCGUGAUGCCCGGAUGUUGUUCCACCUUCUCGAUGACGGGGACGACAUUCAUGGAGCUCUGUCAGUGCAGGAGUUUUGCGAAGGAAUCGCAAAAGUGCGCGGCAACGCGAAAUCCGCCGACAUGGUUCUCCUUCUGCACGAGACCGGAAAGGUGCGGAAAGAGUGCCAGGCCGCCGUUCGGGUGCAGGGCUUAUGGCUUAGUAGCUGA